CAAUCUGUGCUAUAAGAGGCGAUCUCUGAUCUUGGGUCCAAAAAUCAUCGGUCAUUUUCUAACUCGCCAAAAUUGCGGAUCAAAAAUUAAAUAACGAGGAGACGGGUUUUUUGCAAAUUUUACUCGGUGUGUAUUUACCCAGUUCCAUUGAAAUUCAGUGAGAAGCGGUGACAUUUUAUUUACAAUUUUUUUAAACAACGCAGUAAAAUUCACGAAUAUUGACGCUUUAUACAGCUGGCUGAACUUCGGGUUUUCGUCUCGCGAAUCGUUUUGUGCAAAAAACUUGGCAGCUCAUCCAAAUAUGAGCUAUCCCGAUUCUUUGUGGGAAAUUAACGGGAAUCAACCACCAGUUAUUACACCUGAAAUGCCUCAGUACCCGGGAACCGAUUUGGGAAGCUACCCUGUCUGGGAAAGCACGAUGCUUUAUCCGCCGCCGCCUCCGCAACACCCUCACAUAAAUGAGCACAGUCUCUACAGGCAGCCAUGUGCCCUACUUCACCAGAGCCGAUACACUCCAAACGGCCGCUCCCCAAAUCUUCCAUCCUCAACGACGAAGAAGCCGCGGCGCAGAGUGGCGACGGUUUCUCAGAGAAGGGCUGCGAACAUCCGCGAAAGGCGUAGAAUGUUUAAUUUGAACGAGGCAUUCGACAAGCUGCGGAGGAAGGUGCCAACAUUCGCCUACGAAAAACGACUGUCCAGAAUUGAAACGCUGAGAUUGGCGAUAACUUACAUCGCCUUCAUGGGCGAGCUGCUCGGGCUAGAUUCGAACAGUCCGAAACAAGAUUACAUCCCGAGGGAAUAUUACCUUCCGAAUUGAGCCAUAUUUUCGGAUACGCAAGUGCGUUAUUCGAUUCGUUUCAUUCACGUAUAGUGCGCGUUAUUAAUAAGUACGUGAGUAAUACACGCAAUCAUGAUUCUGAUACAAAUCGCAACCCAUGUCUUCCAUUUUAAACUUUAGACAAAUGAUAUACAAGUAUUAUACACUAAUUAUAUCGUUUUAAUAUACACAAUAUGAAUAAUUUGCAUUUAAAACGCGUAAUAUAAAUACACGCAGACUAAUUCGCAUAUCUAGACAUAAUCAUAAAAUUAAGUUAUUGAUAUUAUUAUUGCUUAUACGCGCGUAUAAAAGACACGAAAAUCAGUUCUUUGUUAUACCAUUAUGGAUAUUUAUAUUUAUUUAUUUAUUUACGUUGAAUGUAUUAUAAAUGAUUUUCGUAAAGAAACAAUUGAAAUAUAUGAUAAUAAACCCGAUUUCGACGAAAACGAACUGAAUUUUAUCGUAUGACAAAUUAAGUUUCACACAAAAUUGAUUUUCGUAAUGUGGCGUGCGUUGCGCCUGAACGAAGCCCGAAAGGCAACUCGAUUUACAGGGAAAAUCUGCUCUUACCUGCCGUU